GAAAAGAAAACAAGCUUGUUUAACUAUGUCUAGUUCAGUAUCAAUGAGUUACAAAAAUAAAAAAACCAAAAUCACAAGCCUUAAAGAAAAGUCUAGUCUUGGCUCUGAUGAUAUAAACAAAAAAAUAAAACAAGAAGAAAACAACAGAUCUGAUAGUCUUAUUACUGAGAAAAAACAGAAAAAAGAAAAUAUGCUAGAGGUUACUAUAGAAACUCCUAAAGGCCAGAAGAGUAAAACAACAGAACUUGAAGAAGAAGACUUGUCUUUAGUCACUUCUUUGAGCAAUAAAGAUCAAAUUUCAGAUGAAUAA